UUUGACAGACACAUGAUGUCAAAAAGGAGAGGUGGGAUCUCAACUCCUCAUGCGACUUUUCUCAGAGGGAUUUAUAAGAAUCGCGGCUCCCUUGACAGCCACAACUCAGACGACUCGGCAGCUUCGGGAGGAAACUUAACUCGGCCUUCGUCUCUCUUUCUCCCGACAGGUGGGAUGGCUGUUGAUAACAUCACCCAGGUCUCAGCUUUAAACGCUCCAAACCGGAGCGGCUGCGAUGUGUUCGUCUACCAGAGAGCCGCCGUGGUCCUCUUUCCCAUUUUCUACUCUGCGGUUUUCGUCAUCAGCGUGUGCGGCAACACCUUGGUCCUCUACGUGAUCUGCCAGAGGAAGCACAAGUUCAACUCCACCUCCGUCUACCUGGUCAACCUCGCGCUCUCCGACACCCUCUUCACACUGGCGUUGCCGGGCAGAAUCACCUACUACAUCCGUCACUUUGACUGGCCCUUUGGCGACUUCCUCUGCAGACUGACCACGCUCCUCUUCUUUGCAAAUACCUAUGCAGGUAUUGGGUUCAUGACCUGCAUCAGCUUGGACAGAUAUCUGGCCAUGGUGCAUCCGCACCAGCUGCAGUGUUUACGGAGUGUGAGGGUUGUCCGCCGGGUCUGCUGCCUGGUCUGGGCUCUGGUCUCCCUGGAGGUGGCCCCCCUGCUGUUCCGCAGCAUGCUGCGCGAGCGCCAGGAGAGGCGGACCUGCAUGGAGUACUUUGACUUCGAGGGCUCCCGCUUCACCCCGUACCUCCUGCUCCUGGCCUGUGCCAUCUCCUUCUGGUGUCCGCUCGUCGCCAUCGUGGCUUGCUACGCCAAGAUCAACCUGAAGCUGCGGGCCGCGGCCAGGCAGAGCUCGGUGACCGGCCGAUCGACGAGGAACCACAGGGCCAACACCGUUAUCCUCCUCAUCCUGCUCACUUUCAUCACAUGCUUCAGCCCUUACCACCUCAACGUCAUGCAGUUCAUGUCCAGGAAGAUAAACCACCAGCCAUCCUGUGAAGAAUUGAGGGCCUUCAAGAGUUCCUUACAGGUAGGAGCUGUAGUUUUGUUGAUUUUGCAAAAGUCCUCCAUCCUUUUUUUCCUUUUCAUGAUCCGUCCUCUCCCCGCAGAUCACAGUUUCAAUGAUGAACUUCAACUGCUGCUUGGAUCCAGUCAUCUACUUCUUCGCCAUCAAGACCUACAAGAGGCGGGUGAUGAGCCUCUUCAGGGACUAUCUUUACACUUCCGGCGCCUCCACCAAAAUGACAGCUGAGAAUAGUAGCAGCAACACCUGAGCGAAACCACAGCUGAGUUUACGAGAAAUGUGCCAACAAUAGCUUUCACAGAGAAGACCGACAGUUAUCUCUGUUUAUCUAUGUACACAGAUGCAGUAGAUGUCCUUUAAAAUGCAGAAAAAUAAAACCAAAAAAGCCCCCCACCCAUUUCUUAUACAUGAUGCUGUAUCUUACUGCCUUUAUAGUUUUUCCUGUCUUGAUCACAUGUGUGCCAUUCAGUGACAGUGGUGUGAAAACUAUGCUACGUUUUUUUUUUUUAUCUGUGUGUGUAACAAAGGUUGUGGGCAUCGAUGUGCUGCAACAGCAACUUUUACUUCCUUUAUGUAGAGAACCACAAAUGUGAAUCCAGCAGCGUGUGUAAAAGUCAGUAGUCCUGCUCUCCUACUAGCAAAAAACGUUAUUCCCCCGCACGGUGUGUAACGCAUUUUCGCAAUUUUAGAAAGAACUUUGCCAAAAUGAGAACAAGUUGUGCAUCUACACUUUUCCUACCCACAUCUGACUUCUGCGUGGGAGUGUACAGAUAAAUAGCAGCACCACUUCCUCACCCACCUUUCCUGCUCCCCCUCAAAGGCCUCAUUCCUCCUGGGUCUCGUGGUGGAGCUGCUGUGUGUGUGUGUGUGUGUGUGUGUGUGUGUGUGUGUGUGUGUGUGUGUGUGUGUGUGUGUGUGUGCGUGUGUGCGUGUGUGUGUGUGUGUGUGUGUGUGUGUGUGUGUGCGUGUGUGUGUGUGUGUGCGUGUGCGUGUGUUACAGGUGCAGGUUGUCUGUUUAUAGCGCAGAGUCACAUAUUUAAAUUGAACCCUUUUAACAUUUCCUGGGUUGCUGGAAAAGCUAACCCUAUGAUCUUGCAAGAAGUAGAGUAGAGAGUAGCAUUCAUUAACAGUGUCCUGAAGCAGAGUUGAACGGGUUUUAAAGUAGACCCGUGUAUUUAGAUUUUAUUCUGCAAUUUGUUUGUCGGGGCUCUGAAUAUUAAAAAAAAACAUGUAAAUACAA